AUGGUCGCCAACGUGGGAGGGCUCGCAGCCCGGGCAGUCUUUCUCAUGUCCACUCGUCCUAUUGCCCAGAGAGCAGACGUCGCCUCAUACACUAAUAACGCCGUUGCCGCCAUUCGCACUCUCGAAUCUACCUGGUACGAUGUUGGCUCUGGUCUUUGGGACAACGCCUGGUGGAACAGUGCCAACGCCUUCACCACCCUCGCCGACUUCGCCAAUCUGAACCGGGAUGCUGCUAACGAGCUUAACAUCGGAGGCAUUCUCAUGAACACAUUCCAGCAGGCUCAGAAGGCCACAGCAUCAGCUUCCAAGUCUAUCAAUGCCGCUGGCCUUGUCACAACCUCGUACGCCAUCACCAAGCGCGAGGUACCGCUGCCUAUCGAAGGUCGUCAAAUGAGCGCUCAGGGCUUUCCCAACUUCAUCAACGAGUUUUAUGACGACGAAGGCUGGUGGGCGCUCGGCCUGAUCCGCGCCUACGAUGUUACCCAGAACCAAGACUACCUCGACAUGGCCGUGCACAUCUUUGCCGAUAUGAAGACCGGCGGCAAUACCAACUGCAAUGGCGGCAUCUACUGGAGCAAGGACCGCAAGUACGUCAACGCCAUCGCCAACGAGCUCUACCUCAGCGUCGCCGCCUCGCUGGCCAACCGCAUCUCCGGCGAUAAGGCCAGCUACCUCAAGAUCGCGACUGAUCAGUGGACCUGGUUCAAGGCCACCGGCAUGAUCAACGCUCAGGGCACCAUCAACGACGGCUUGGACGGCAACUGCAAGAACAACGGCGCCAACGUGUGGUCUUACAACCAAGGUGUCGUUCUCGGCGGUCUCGUCGAGCUCAGCAAGGCUAAUGGCGACAAGUCGGUCCUGACAGACGCCACCAACAUUGCCAAGGCGGCCAUCAAGCAGCUGGCCGACGACAACGGCAUCCUGCACGACACGUGCGAGCCCAACUGCGGCUCUGAUGGCAACCAGUUCAAGGGCAUCUUUGUUCGCAACCUGCGAUACCUGCAAGAAGCGGCGCCCAACAACGACUUCAAGACCUUCAUCACCAAAAACGCCGACAGCAACUGGAACGCCAACCGCGACUCUGCUGGCAAGAUGGGUGUCGUCUGGUCAGGCCCCGCGCAAGGCGUUUCCGGGCCGACUCACAGCUCAGCACUCGACUCCAUUGUUGCCGCCGUUGCCGUCGCGUGA